AUGAACCAUAUUUCAUUCUUCGCUUUAGCUUUGACGAUUAUCUUUUCAAUCUGUUUUGCUGACCUACUUCAAUCUGGAGAUUUGCUCAGAGGUUUGGGUUUUUGGGUAUUCAAGAAAGUUCUGAAUCGUCAAUCUAACUCUAGAACUUUAUCUAAGAGUUCUUCAUGAGAAAUCAAGAAUUUUCCAGCCCUGGGCCUGUCGAUGCCAGCGGCGCUGCCGACGUCGCUGGACCUGACGCCGUGCAACAGUCAGACGCGGUGCAACGGCAAGGGAUUCUGCCUCGGGACGGCCAAACAGUCGACCUGCCUCUGCUUCUUGGGCCGGCAGGGCGACAGUUGCGAGAAGGAGUCUGAAGGUGGGAAACAUGUUAAGAAACUCUCCCUGAAAGCCUUGAGGUGAAAUCGAUUCCUUUUUUUUAGUCAAGCACUUUUCCAUUAGUAUUAGGCUGCCUGAAGGGGCUACAUGUUGAAGAAUAAGCUUUAAAUGUGUUACUUCAAAAUUUUUGAAAACCUUGAUUCUUUUUCAUUAAUUUCAUGAAUCUCAAUAAUCCGGUAGGAAUUUUGAAUAAGGAUAAGUUCACUAGAUCCAUUUUUCACGCUGAUUCCGAUUCCGGGAUCAUAAAUUGCUGACAAAGAUCUUCGAAAAGAGUUAUAGCCGAUAAAAGUCAAGAAAAAUUGUUUAGAAAAGCAGAGUAGCUCUCUUGAGAACUUAGAAAAAAUCAGCCCUUGGCUCAAAGUUUCCAGAAAAAAAAGUAAAAUAUUUCUCAAUCUCCAUGAUUUUUUCACAUACUUCACGACAAUUUCGAAGACCAGAAUUGAAAUCAGCGUUAAAAAUUUAUCUAAUACCCUUAAUCUUCUCAAAAAGUCCCAUUAUUAAUACGAUUAGUAUAGCUGAUUCUCAUUGAAAAAAGGGUCCUGACACGAUUUUAAAAGAAGAGAUAGAGCCUAUUUCUACAGAACCCAGACAGGCCACGCCCCCUCAGCGUCCCAAGCUAACCGGGAAUCGGCUAUAGUACGACUUCUCGAGUCUUUUUUCACUAAUUUUCAAAACCCUACGGAAAAAUAAUAUGAUCUCAAAUCAACAUUCAGGCUUCUGGUCGGACCCGUUCGGCUUUUUCGACAGCGAACAGAGCAAUCCGUUGGCCCUGCCGAACUUGCUCGAUUCCGAACUAAUGUGCACCGCUGAGGAUUGUACCAGCGGCGGAGUGUGUAUUGGAACGAAAACUGCGCCGAUUUGCCUCUGCUACCCUGGAAAAAUGGGACUUCGUUGUGAAUCCGAUGUCACUAGCUUGUGUGAGUUUAAAAAGGGAAAAAAAUCUGAAGAAAGGCAUUAUUCAAGAGAAAUCAACGUAUUGUAUGUCUCUGAAAGAGGUAGAAGAUUUGAAAGAGUGCCAAAAAUUUAAUAUGAGCUUCAAAAGGCCGAAGAAAAUAUUGGUAUGACCAAAAAACUUUAAAAUAUAUAUGAUUGGGAAAAAUAAUUGAAUUUUUUUCCGAGUUAAAAAAAGUAGCAAAUUUACGACGAAAAAGCCGUUUGAGAUGUCGAAUUUUAGAAAAAAAUUCAAAAAAAGCUUCCAAAUUAAUGAAAAUCAUUUUUUUUCAAAGUGAUUCACUUUAUCGCUCCUAAAAAAACUAUGCAUUAUUUUCAAGGGGAAGAUUUUUACAAAUUUUUUGAAAAUCAAACGUUUUCCAUAACUUAUAUAGUUCUGAGACACUCAUCAAACGAUCAAGACUUUUUUUGUUAAAUUUUUUUAAAAAAAUAAGAUUCUUAGGGUCUUUGAAAGACGGCCGGUCUUAAAACUGUAGUUUAGAAAGGCUUUUCGAUUAUAAAAUGGAAACUAGUGUUCUUUUUGAUGUGACCUAGCUUGUUACCUCGAAAGAGAGGUUCUAAAAAUAUUGCAAAAAGGGAAAAAAGUAAAAAAACUUUUCUGAUUCCGAAACAGACGGAGCUAUAUUGACUUGUACUUGUACGAAAGUGACUAAUUAAUUUAUUUUUCCUCUGACUUUUGAUUUUUUUUUUCCAGUGAACAUCGAUCCGGGCGCUCCGCUGACAAUGUGCAGCCCGAGCGACUGUAACAACAAAGGCGUCUGCAUGGGGACGAAGAACAGCUUCGUCUGCGCCUGUCAGCUCGGCUACACCGGGCCCAACUGCGAGAAUAGUCAGUUCUUAUUAUAGUCAGUUUAGAUUUUGAAUGUCAAGUGCAAUGACGUCAAUUAAAAACACUCUGUGGAUGGCUCGCUCUCUGAUUGGUUUAUCGCGCCAAGUUUGCUCCAUGGCUAAAUAUCUACUUCAAGAACCUCAGACCUUGGUAACGCGAAUCGGACGUGACCAAGGCAUUUCUAGUGACCACUUUAGUAGCUUCAGAACUCUCAAGUGAUCCCUAGAAAAGGUCAGGAACGUCCGGAGCGCGUCUGGUUUUCGUUAUCGAGGUCCGCAUACAAAAAAUCACCCAUGAAUAUCGUGGUCAGGAAAAUAUUCUUACUUGAAAAUUUAUGAGUCUUUCUAUCUUUGCUACACCCCGUUGAUAAUAAUAUAGCCUUUUCUCUUUUAUUUCUCGAUAAUUUCCGUUCAUUUUAGCCCCCUUCCAACUCUGCGACAGUCGGGACUGCAGCUCCAACGGACUUUGCAUCGGAACGCGGGAUUCUUUCAAGUGCGCCUGCUACUUGGGCUAUUCCGGAGAUCGCUGCGAGACCAGUUAGUCUCCAUCUUUAUCUCUAGGGAAAAAAACUAAUUUCGAAGCAGAAAGAUAACGAAAAAGUUAAUUUUAGCUCCUUCCGUGUUUGGAGGGUGGCGGAGCACCGCAAUUUCUUCACUUUCAAACUCAAAAUCAUCGGAAGGCGAUGAUGGUUGGUCCGUAGAACCUUAGGUGAACCUCCUAAGUGGAGUUAGUGUUUUCUGAGGUCCUUAAGGUAUCACUGUAGAAGUUAGAGGAAGUGAAGACGCUAUUUUGAUCUAUUCAAUUCUGUUGAAAACCUUUUAGUUCAGUCACUGUCUCUAUGAUAGAAGUUUUGGUCUUAUUGGGAAGCCUACAGUAACCUGAAAUCCGAGAAGACACGUUUUAGAUCUAACUGUUCUAACAUCAAGCCAUUCCAAAUGCGGCUCUUCGAAUAAAUAUCUUCUUAUCUUUUUCAAGACCUACUAUCCCCACUGCAUCGUAACGCCUUUCACGCCCUACAGUAACCUAAAACCUACAGUAACCUGAAAUUCGAGUAGGCACGCCUUAGAUCUAACUGUUCUAACAUCAAGUCAUUCCAAGUGCGGCUCUUCGAAUAAAUAUCUUCUUAUCUUUUUCAAGACCUACUAUCCCCACUGCAUCGUAACGCCUUUCACGCCCUACAGUAAUCUAAAACUUACAGUAACCGGUACCAUGUGCGAGAGCUCCGACUGUAACAGUAACGGCAUCUGCGUGGGCACGAAGUCGGCGAAAAGCUGCAUCUGCGCCCCCGGCUUCUAUGGUCAACGUUGCGAGCAGCGAUUUGGUACGUCUUGGUAGACUGGCCAAGUCUCCUGCUAAUCAAUCGGAGGAUCAAAGUUCGAUCCUUUCAGGUAUCCUACCUGGUACCGAAGGGCUGUUCUGCGAGACGAAGGACUGUUCUGGAAACGGUCUUUGUUUCGGAAACAAGCUCUUGCCUACCUGCCUAUGCGCUCCCGGCUUCCUCGGUCUUCGGUGUGAAAUAGGUACAGUAGCCUGGGUACUGUAUUCUUCAAAAAUACUUUCAGAACCGCUGUGCACUCGGGAGUUCCAAUGUUCGGGCCACGGGUUUUGCGUCGGUUCGAUCAAAUCGUUCUCCUGCGUUUGCGACAUCGGAUGGACCGGUGUCACUUGUGCGCAGAACACUCUUCUCGGUUGA